GAAGAAUUUUGUGGACAGCAGCAUUGACAUGCCUCUGCUUGUGGGCGGCACAACAUACGAACAGGUCACAUCAGUCGCUGAUUUUGUGAAGAAAUACUCUCAUUUUAAGGAGUCAGCAGCAAAACUUUGUAAUAAAAAAGUAAAGAAGUGCCAACCAGAAGGAUUGUUGUAUAUUUAUCAACGCGAGUUUGCUACUACUACACCACAAGAUGCCGCUGUACGUGUUUUGGGAACUGAAGAUGCAACCACUUGUCACAUGACAGUUUUACGACAUACAGGAAGUGGUGCUGUGUGCUUAUCACACUGUGAUGGCUCUGGUAUAGAGAAUGGUGUGAGAUCCAUGGUAAAGGAAGUCAGUGAUUUGUCAAAGGGAAGAGAAGGACUUUUUGAAUUACACAUCAUUGGAGGAUUUACAGAUGACAAAAAAUGUUCUGAGAAUCUUUCUAUUGAGUUACUGGAUGCAUUUCACAAACAAGCAGAAGAACUGCAUUUAAUGACUGCAUGUAUCACAGAUUUAAAUGAUGUUGUAAAAAAUGGUGUACAUUGGCCUGUUAUAUAUGGAGUAGCUACUGAUGUACAGACAGGCGACAUUUACCCAGCAUCCUUUGCAGAUAAAGGCCCAGAUAUCUACUGUAGAUCAGCUGGCAACAUGCUUGGCAGUCAAGCCAUGAAGAAUGUAUAUAACUGCAGUAAACAUCAACUUCAGAUUGGACCAUUUGAGUAUAAGCCAUGGCCUCAUGCACACAUGUGGUUACAACAACCUGAUAAUAUAAUUCUGAAGUACUUGUCUACAUCACCACAAGUGGAACCACCAGAUUUUGUCAAGGACAUGAGGAAUACAAUACAACAUGUGAUAGAAAACCCUCAUCCAGAAAUUACACUCUUCCCAGACAAAAAACCAAGAGUAUAUGAAAAAGACAGUACCGGCAUUUGGACUAAAGUUAAUCCAUAAAUUGUAUUGGUUGCUGCAUGAUUAGCUAAGAAUAUUAACACUGAGGAUGACGAAUUAGCACGUUUAUUUCUCCAGACCAUACAGUGUGUAUAAUGGUAAUGAGAAAGUUAUUUUCGGAGUCUUGUAUAGUUUAUGGAAUGAUCCGUUGGCCUCAAUUUUGCAUUUAAACUAUUUUUUUUUACUGAAUUAUUGAAAUAUAUAUUUAUAAUAACCAAAGGACAUUUUUUCACAAACUGGACAGAAGACAAUAUAUAUUUAAUAACUAAUUAUCAGUAGUAUACAUGAUUGUACAGUUUUAUAUAGUUGGAAAAUUUACAUUGCCCUCCAACAUUUAAAGUGUCAAUUCAACAUUAUUUUUCACUUGAUACUACAUAUUCAUAAAAUCAAGGCUGCCUAGAUCAAAUAUCUACUCUGAAUGAUACUAAAAGACCACACUGUCUUUGUAUAUUCAAUUAAAAACAUCUGAAAGAUUAAUAAAAAAAAAUACAAUUUUUUUUUGAGUACUGUUGUGAUUCUUUGAACCAUGCUAUCGUGGGCAGUGCAAUAAGUUUAGUUGCAAUUAAUUUUUACUGAUUUGGUAUAUAGUAUAUGAAAUGUUUUCACAACUUUAAAGUGGGAGUCAUCACCUGCGCCAGCGUCAGAUGGCCAUAACAAGUCACUGAAAAUGACACAGGUAAGUUCUCUUUGUGCUAGUCAUUAAAGCAGAGGGAUUGUCUUGAGCGUGUCCUUGAAACUUGAGUUCCAAGUGGCGUAUACAACAGAUUGUUUAUUUACAUCAAAACACAUGUUUCGUGUCGUAGUAAUAUGGCCAAAAUAAAAACGGCCAUUAUUCAGCCAUCUUUGAUCUGAUUAUGAAACAUGUGCCAAAUACGAAUGAAAACUGACAGAGCACGUCCAAGAUACUGCAUAAAAAAAACAAGAUGCCUGCCAGUCG